GAGAGAGAAGAGAGCCAUCAUCAAUUGCCCAGCAUGUUACGGCCCACUCUUAUCCCUCGGAUAGGGCGUUCGUUAACGUUACGGCCAUUCCGUCGUUCUCUUCACCAGGUGCCUCCUCUCGCUCAUGAUUUCACCAAUGAGGGUAUCCCAGGUCUCCUGGGCCCGGCGGGCUUCGACAUGGCGUGGACCCAAUAUCAGAGUCUCAUGGUAGAGAAGCUCAACAGCCUCACAGUCGGAGGAGAAUACGAAUCCAAAGCGCCCAAAGACAUCGCGAUCAAGUACGCGCGCGACCCCAACUCGGCCCCGAUCUUCAACUACGCCUCGAUGGCGCACAACAACCACUUCUUCUUCUCGUGCCUCUCACCCACCGAGACGGUCAUGCCGGAGCCCUUGAAGAAGGAGCUCGAGGCGUCCUUCUCCUCCAUCGCCACGCUCCGCCAAGAGCUCAUCGUCACGGCCAGCUCGAUGUUCGGCCCGGGCUUCGUCUGGCUCGUCAAGCACCCGCUCGGCCGCAAGUAUUCGAUCCUGACGACGUACCUCGCGGGCUCGCCGUACCCGGGAGCCCACCACCGCCGCCAGCCCGUCGACAUGAACACCGAGGACAACAAGAGCAUCAGCGACGCCCUGCGCCGCACCCUGCGCAGCGACCCCGUCAACACCGUCGGUGCGCACGGCGCCUACGCCGAGAAGAAGCUGCCCCCCGGCGGCAUCGACCUCGUCCCCGUCCUCUGCAUCAAUACCUGGGAACACGUCUACCUGCCCGACUACGGCGUCGGCGCUUUCGGCGUCGGCGGCAAGAGAGCCUAUGCUGAGCGCUGGUGGGACCGUAUCGAUUGGGCCGUCGUCGCCAACCACGCCGACGUGCGCGGCUCCGGUCGAUUCCAGACAUGAUCCCCUCCCCCCGGGAAAUCCUAAAGCCAAAUCCUUGAAGGGCGGGAAGGGAGAGCCGCAACCAACCCAGCUUGAGCAGCAUGCUAUAUCACAAAACAAGCUAGCAAGCGUGUCUUGGGAGCGGGCUAAGUUUCAACAAAGAAAAGAAAAAGAAAAAUUGGCGUUCCGGCUUAGGCAUGAGUAGGUAUAGAUAGUAUAGCA